UAGACUUUAGACAACACCAAGAAGAAGUGAAUCAGAGAUGUCUGACAGACUUGGAUCAGCUCAAAGAACUGCUCAGGGAAGCAUUCACUAGCGAACAGAACGAGCCGAUUUGCAGGUAUAUGUGGUUUUGUGCAUGCGCUCCAUAGCCGGGCCCCACUUAGAAUAUCUUCUUCCAUGUUGACUUUUCUUUUCUCCUAUUACCAAAUUAUGGCGUCCUUUCUGGAUUUUAUUUCCCCUUUUGGUAAGCAAGAACAUGCCGAAGACUCCCAUUUCAGUGCCGUGAAGGAGGAUAUCCGUCUUGAUUCAAGACACAGUGGACUCAAAAUUCGUGAGCUGGGUCGAUCGGGUCUUGAAAUACGCAUUGGCUACAAUUUACGGUCUGUGGAGCGAUCACCGGGCCAAAAGGAUUUCCCGUGGUCAAUUCGCCAAACGGCGGUGUACCAUUCGUUCGACUUGGAGACUGCGCAUACCUUGUGGGUCAACUUCAAGGGUAAUAAGCUUCUAAAGAAACGAGUAGAAGAGGUCUUAGCCUCAUCUGACGCUCACAAAAUUGGAUCAUGCAGUCAAGCAUUCACUACUUCACUUCAGCAACAUGUCUUGUUCUGCGAUUGGUCGGGCGAAAACUGGCGUUGGUAUAUCAAUUACCUCGAAACUGAGUUGCACAAGAUGUCUCGGAAUGCACUCGCUGUACCUGUCAACAAUUCUGCUAUUCUCAAGUCUCAUGUACGCCAACAUAUAUGCACAGACCAUUGUGCAGCCUCUUGCGGAAUUCAUGUCAGGCAAUCAUCCGACGAUUCUAGGGAUGAUCCACAACUAUGCCUUCCAAGGUACCAAUCUAAAACCUCGCCGUCGGUCCGCCAGGAGAGCCCUUCAGAGUCAACAAUAGAUAAACUACGUGGUAGUGAUUGGGCCCUUCCCGCGAGAAGGAGUUACAAAUUCCUGAAGCUCUUUAUUGGGCCAACCCUUAGUACUCUAAGAUACAACAGGCUUUCUUCACUUCUGUCUGGGCAAUCAGACCUGACAGACCAUAGUAGCACCUCAAGCUUGACCCCAGUCGCCGAAACUCCGGGUCUGGAAGAAAAGAGUGAUACAAAGCGCUCCCCCAAUGCUACCCAAGACGCACAGCAGGAUCAAUGGAAUCCCCAAGAUAAGAAUUCCUGUGCUGAAGCUGGUAAUCAGGCUAGUUCCGAGGAAAGUUUCACUAUCCGUGAUCUCCAGCGAAUGCAUUACAUCGAAGAGCAACUCCAAGAAGCGAACUUGGUGCUGAGGAUGAAUAUCGAAAACCUUCAUGAUCUAAGGCAACUUUACAGCUCUAUCAGCAGUCAUCAAGGCUUUCCAACCAAAAUAAAAUCUAGUUGUGGGUCUGACUUAGCAGACUUCGACAGGCGCGUUUUAGGAGUGGAGAAAGAUCACCGUACGCAGUUAUGGAGGACGGAGACUAUUCUGCAGCUGUUGAAUAAUCGAAAAGGCCUGUUACAUGACAUUAUACAGUACCAAAACAUGAGGGCAAAUGAAUUAUCUGCAAAGAAAGCACAGUCUUCGGCCGACAAAAUGGAAGUGAUGACUACCAGCAUGCACGAAAUCGCCCGCAAGACAAACCAAGAGACUGUUUCCAUGCGGGUUAUUACUUCAGUAACACUCUUUUUCCUACCCGGGACCUUUGUAGCAACAAUAAUGAGCACCGACAUCAUCAGGUUCGUGGACAAAAAGUCAGUGUUCCAACUCAAAGGUUUAAGAAUAUAUUUAGCCAUCAGCAUUCCUAUGAUGAUGAUGACUUUCCUGGCUUGGUACAUAGUUUAUAGGGUGGAGAGGAGGCGUGAUAGGCUCAUUAACUGCACGAUCCAGGGUACAAAAGGUUCGAAUAGGGUCUAACUUUGUUCGUUCUCGGUAUUAAUGAAGUUUUAUACUGCAAGUAUUCCCGACACAGAUUAAAUAUACGGAGGGUUGGGUUCUAACUUGGAAAAAAAAGUU